GAGUCUAUUGCGCACGCUGGUGCCGGGCAAUCGGCGAGAGAAAGGUCGCCGCCCUGUGCUAGAGGCUAUGAAGCGCGGCGUUCGGCGGGAGCGUUGCCGGAAGCGGAAGCUCGGGGGGCGGUCCAAAGGGGGCGCGGAGCCCGCGGCGGUUAAUUCUUUUUACAGAGUGGCUUCGCAUCCCUGGUUCUGGGAUUUCCUUAGGCUGCGAGAAAUGGUUAGGUCUGGAUCCCGACCGAGCCAGGUGUUAUCUUCAGGAAGGAACUCUGGAUCUGCUAAAUUAACAAAUGGAAAGAAAGGGACCCAUUUAAGAAAAAUAUCACGUUUUAAUGCAAAUUCUGGCUAUCCCACUCAUUCUGAUUCAGAAAGUCAGACUGAAACUAUACAGGGGCUUGAUGGUUGUGCUUCUUUGCUGCGGGACAUUUUGAGAAAUGAAGAUUCAGCUUCAGAAACAGCAUAUUCAGAAAAUAGAUGUAACUCCAGACCUUUAGAAGGCAAAAAAUGUGGAUCUAAAAAGAAAGGACAUGAGAAACAUAUUUUUCCUUCAGUAGUCUGGAAGGAAACAUUAUCUUCAGAUAAUAAAAAGCAGAUACUUAAUGAAGCUUCUGCUGGAAGUGAAAGAGACACAUCAAGCAUAGCACAAGAUUGGUCAUUACAAGAUCAUUAUAGAAUGUAUUCACCAAUAAUAUACCAAGCCCUCUGUGAGCAUGUGCAGACUCAGAUGUCAAUGAUGAGUAACUUGGCUUCGAAGAAUUGUUCUAAUGGAAUUCCUGCUACACCUUGCCAUACUGAGUCUGGUUCUGAAUAUCAGGCAACAUCACGUUCUAGUUAUGGCUGUUCUACCUCUACCCCAGCCUGGUCACCUCAGCGGCUGCCCUGCCCUCCAGUGGUUCAUUCUGAAGUUCAAACUGAUGAUGAUAACCAGUCGGCAUCACAAAGUAAAAUAAUCUCUGUGAACCAUUCUGAUGGCCCAAGGAAUUCAUUUAAUAUCAGUCCUGGAGUUCCAUGUGGCUUGCCCCAAACUGACAAAGCGGCUAUUCCAACAUUUCAGCAGCCAAGUCUUGCUAAUUGGAUUCUGACACAACAAGGAGUUCCUAAGGAAGCAGACCUACUAAAGUGUUUUCAAACACAUAUGUCUCUGUUUCAAUCUCAUGAAAAGGAAACUCUUCCGGACAGUCAGACACACCGAAGCUCCACUCAAUCACAGCUAGCUUUCUUGGCCACUAAUGAAGAAAGAUGUGCCAGAGAACAAAUUGGAGAGGCCACAAAUGAAGGAAAGUAUUUAAACAUACAUGUGCAAGAUACAAAAACAGUCAAGGAUGUACAGAAGGCAAAAAAUGUAAACCAGACUGCUGACAAAGUUAGAACUAUAAAAUAUUUGUUGAGAGAACUCAAGGCUCUGGUAGCAGAACAAGAGGAUUCAGAAAUUCAGAGAUUGAUAACAGAAGUAGAAGCAUGUAUAUGUGGGCUUCCAGCAGUAAGUGGAAACAGAAAUAUUCAAGUUGAAAUAGCACUGGCUAUGCAACCAUUGAGAAGUGAAAAUGCUCAGUUACGAAGACAAUUGAGAAUUUUGAACCAGCGACUCAGAGAACAAGAAAACACUCAAAAGACAUCUGGCCCCGUGGAAUGCAACCAUGAAUUGUAUUCCCUUCAGUCAUUGAACACGUCACUGCAAAAUCAAUUGCAGGAGUCACUGAAAAGUCAGGAAUUACUACAGAGUAAAAAUGAAGAGCUCUUAAAAGUGAUUGAAAAUCAGAAAGAUGAAAACAAAAAAUUUGCUAGUAUAUUUAAAGACAAAGAGCAAACACUUCUUGAAAAUAAACAGCAAUUUGACAUUGAGAUAACAAGAAUAAAAAUUGAAUUGGAGGAAGCCUUGGUCAAUGUGAAAAAUUCCCGGUUUAAGUUAGAAACUACUGAAAAGGAAAAUCAGAUAUUGGGAAUAACACUGCGUCAGCGUGAUGCUGAAGUGACUCGGCUGAGAGAAUUAACCAGAACUUUACAGAACAGUAUGGCAAAGCUGCUCUCAGAUCUUAGUAUGGACACUGCUUGCUGCAAGCCUGGAAAUAACCUUACCAAAUCAAUUCUGAACAUUUAUGAUAAACAGCUUCAACAGGACCCAGUCCCUCCCCACACUUCCAUUAUGAGCUACCUAAAUAAGUUAGAAACAAAUCACAUUUUUACACAUUUGGAGCCAGUUUCUGCAAUUAAAAAUGAAAAAACCAUAGAAAAAAACCCCUAUGAAAAUGUUUUGCCCUCCAAAGUCCCUCCACAUAGUGAUAUUGGGGGCAUGGAGAGAGUAUUAGCACCUGAGAUUCUUUCUACCCUUUCAAAACAGGAUUCUGAUGCUGAGUGUGAAACCAUGACUUUAAUAGAAGAUGAAUGUAAUUUAGAUAGCACAAUUUAUAUUCCUUUUGCUAGAAGCCCUUCUAAGAAGAACCUACCACUUUCUAAGAGAGUAUCCCCCCAGCCACAGAUAAGUGUUGCUACAAGACAACUAGUCAGCGAUAGUGCACUUAUCUCUGAAACAGAAAAUAAACUGUGUGUACCUGUAGUUUGUUCUUCAAAAAAUGAAACAGAAGAUGCACCUGAAAAACUUUCCAGAACAACCGACACGGAAGACAAACAGCUCCUCAAGAAAAUAAAGGAGGCAAUUGGUAAGAUCCCUGUUGCUGCUGAGGAUCCAGAGGAACAAGCUGCAUGUCCUGGCCUGUCAGCUUGUCACAGCACCAAUGUUCAAGUGAAAAGCAAUGUUGUCUGUGAUGGCAGCUUUUUAAAUUCUGACUUGAUGUCAGACUGGAGUAUCUCUUCUUUUUCAACAUUUACGUCUCGUGAUGAACAAGACUUCAGAAAUGGCCUAGCAGCGUUGGAUGCCAACAUAGCUAGGCUCCAGAAGUCCUUACGGACAGGUCUUCUAGAGAAAUGAAUUCAAAAGCAAAUUGAUUGAGUACUUUCUCUUUUUAAGAUUAGAACUUGGCUAUAUCGAAGGUAUAUUUUAAAUUUCUGUAGAAAAAUAACUUUAUAUUGUUAAUUAUGUAUAAAAUAAUAAAUUUUAUGUAUAAAAACUUACCGUUGGAAUAUUUUGACACUUGGGAAUUUAUAAAAAGUCAUCUUAAGAAAUUAAAAAUUGCCAAGACAAUACUAGGAAAGUAUUUAAUUUAGUACUUAUCAAUUAGAGUUCUUUUACUAGUAUUUAACUGUGGGGUUAAAGGUUCAAGUUAAAGGAUUUUUUUGGUUGUUCCUUAAAGCAUAAUGGGAAGAAAGUCUCUGGGGGCAAUUAUUACAUUUAAACUAGAAUUUCUUUUCUGUUUUAGGAUAGCUCUGUGUUUCUUAAUGACAUUGUGUUUUUGUAUGGAAUGUUCUGUACUACAGGCCAGUGCUCUUGGUGAGAUGUAUAAACAUUUCUUUUACAAGAAAUAUUGCCAGUUAAUGCCACUUUGUAAAAUAUAUAUAUAUAUAUAUAUAUAAAGUUAUUUGUAAAAAAAAACAUUGAUAAUAUUCUCAAUUAACAUGGUUUCUAAAAAUUCUUUGAAUUUUUUUUCCUGAAUGCGUGUUUUAAGGCCUUUAAAAAAUAAAGUCAGAUUGACAAAGCUGACAGCUAAGUUUUACUUUUGAAAAAAAAAUUGUUUUAAACAAAAAAGAAAUAUUUGGGUUUUUUAUCCUUACUCUCUUUAAACAUAAUGAAAUUUGUAAAUCUUGGUUGUCAUUCUGCCUUUCUGGGCCAGUUUUUUCCCAGGAUUUAACUGAUAACAUUCACUGUUCUAUAAAUAUGAACUAACCUGGUUUCUCUACUUUUCUGUACUAGAACUUCUUAACUGUCCAGUGUCAGCUUCCUCCAUGUAAGCAGCACACCUUUACCCUUAGAAAGCUGAGUCUUAAGUUGUCACAAACACUCAGUACAAGUCAUCUGCUUAGUACAAUUAUGUUUAGCACUUGGACAGCCUUUAGAAUGAAAGAGUGUUUAUUGGUCCCAGGGUCUCUUCAUAGUAGCAUUUUAGAUGUUAGUGUUACAACCUCUGAAGGACCCCACUAGACUCUGAUAUGUCCAGAUAAGAGAUUUUUUCUUUUACAGAGAGAGAUUUUUGGAGUCUAAAAAUAGUAAAUGAGUUCUAAACUAUAUUCACAGAAUUGUUCACUAGCAUUUUAAGUGUUCUAUCUUCCAGCUUUCAUAAGUUAAUUUAUUAAUUUCUUAUUUGGUAGUAAUAGGCCACAAUUCUUCAUUAUGUAAAUUCAGAAACACAAAAUAAUGAUGCAAGGAAGAAAGUUGUGUCAUCUUUCUACUCCCAAGUUUUAAUAGUUACUCAUAUGCAGAAGCAGAUUUUAAGAGUGUUUUAUGUUAAUUCUGAGGAUAUAACGGGAAAAUAAAGUGUUUCUCCUAUUAUUUGUUUACAACAUAGAUCACUUCUGUGAUUCUAAAAUGUGUGCGGAAUUAUAGCUCUAAUCCAGUUCAGUUCUGACACUGUGUGAAGAUAAAAGCAAAAGACUGAUAGACUGAGGACUCGGUUCCACCAGACUGCCCUUCACCUUAGACGCCAGUCACAAGUCCAGGCCUCUAGAAGUUCUGACCAACUAGCUAUGAAUUGGAAUUCCUGGAACCCCUUCCUUAGACUUGAUCAUUUUUAAAAAAAUAACUCAUAGAGCUCAGAAAAAUACAUAUACUCAUUAUAAAUUAUAUUUGAAAGGAUAGAAGUAAAUAGCCAGCUGAAGGUAUACCUAGGGCAAUAUCUGGAUGGGCCUUGACUGCAGGAACUUCUGUCCCCAUGGAGUUGGAGUGUACCAUCAUCCUCAAGCACAGGUAGGAGUUCUUGCUUACCUUCCUGUAAGCCUCCAUGUGUUCAGCUGUUCAGAAGCUCUCAGUCUUAUCCUUCUGAGGCUUUACUGAAACCUCUUUGUGUGUGAUUGAAGGGUGUAGAACUGUGGUUGGACAAAAAGGAUAUGGUAUAAUGUUAAUAGACUGAGUGGGGAAAUGCAGCAAAGUCCGUCUGUUCAGAUUCUUCUUGGCCUGUCUAUAGUAUUUCUGCCUCCUGGGUAUGAGGCAGGACUGAAAUGGGAGUCUUAUGAUCUGCUUACUAACCGACAAGGUAGGUGAGAGAAUUUUUUUAAUGGCCAUCUCCAAGACAGUUGUGGGGGAAGAUUACAGUAUAUUUUAUGACAUGCCUUGGGGAGGAAAUUCCAGUUUCUGUGAUCCUGACUUGGGGAAGAAAAGGAGCAGGAAUGUGCCAGUUACUAUCAUGAUAGACUCUUGAAAUACACUCUGAACAGGACAGGCAUUCUCUGUCCUCAAAGGUGUUCCAUCGCAGUGGGAUACAAAGGAGUGUAAAGUGAUAAAUGCUGUGAAGAAAACUAAAGUAGAUCAAGGGUGCAAAGAGUGACAGAAUUGGCUUAAGUUUUAAUUACUAGUAUAAGGGCCUCUUUACAAAAAUUAUGUUUAGUAGUUCAGAAUUUAAGUGUCCUAUUAGGUAAAGCUAGGUUCUAUUUGUGAGCUAACACCUUAAUGAUUUUUCCAAUCUAUUUCUAGUCAGAAUUGCUUAAGCAAAUGGGUUCUAAGGCCAUAUAGCACAACGUAAAAACACUGCAGCAAAGCCCAUGUCUUUUCUCAAUGUUUUUAAUACGCCGCUGGUAAAGAAGCACACAAUUUUAUUUAAACCGGUUGGCCUGAGAUGGACCUGGCAGAGAAUUACCAGAGAUGGUAAAGUAGAGAUUUCUGAAGUUGAGUUUCAAAAGGACUUUAGAAGCCAUGUAUCUCAUUUUCAUAGCCAAAGAAGGAAUUACUCUAUGACAUCAACUACUGGUAAGACUUCAAGUACAUCACCUGUAUUCUUUUUGUCUAUACUAUUCUUUUGUCCAGGCUUUUCCUGACUUUUUUUUUUUGUACCAGAGAUUGAACCUGGGGAACUUAGCCACUGAGCCACAUCCCCAGCCCUUUUUAUACUUUAAAUUUAGACUUCUCUGAGUUGCUUAGGGCCUUGCUAAUUUGCUGAGGCUCACUUUGAACUAACAAUCUUCCUGCCUCAGCCUCCCAAACUGCUGGGAUUAUAGGCACACACUAUGUGCCUGACUUCUGAUAAUUCUUAAUUGUUCCUCCAACUCUAGGUACUCUAGUACGUAUCAGGCUUUCUUACUCUACAUGCUUCAUGAGGGCAAAGACCAGGGUUUAUUCAUGUUACCUCAUGAUGCUUGGUGACUAUCAGACAGUAGGUACUUAAUAACUACUGUCCAGCUUAACCAAAUCCCUGACAAAGGGGCCUCUGGGCAUCACUUGAUUUUUUUUCUUGGUGUUAACUUCCUGCAGCAGUUUGUUUACUGCUUUAUCAUUAGCCUCCUUUUAUUCUGACUUCUAUUGUUUAUUAUUUCUGAAGCAAAAUUCGUUUAACAAACAUUUACACAUUGGUGCUGUAGAGAAGCCACAGAUUUUUAAAUGGUUGGGCGCGGGGGAAUAGAACAACAACAAAAAAAUCUAACCAUGUCACUAAGUGCAGAGAAUUACAUCCCACCAGCCUUCCUCACCAAUUUAAGGGAGGAGUAAAUGUAGGCAGAAUAUUUGAAAGCUGUGUGCCCUGUACAGUCUGUGACUUAAGACAACAUUGAGAAAUCCAAAACCAUCCUGCUUAUCCUUUUCUUCUAUUAGUUUGAUGACUCAUAAUAUUUAUAUCCAGCAAUGAUCAAUGAACUCUGCCAUCUGAUCAAACAGAGUACAGUUAGUAUCGUUUUCUAUAAUCUUGUUAUAGAUGUUUAAAAAUGGCUCUCUUGGCUGUCGUAUUAUCCUACAGAUCAUAUUAGAACAGUGCUUGGUUUCCAGAUGAUGUUCACAUUGUUAUUCGUAUUGAUGAGUGGCAUCAUGUUAGGGGCAGCUCAGGGAGUCCAGGUCCUAUCCAAGUAAAUGUGAGCUAUUUCCUCAAGGCCUAGAUUCUGAUCAAAUAAUUAGUAAACUAUCCCUAACAAAAGGACUCACAUUUUACCCCAAACUCACUGUACUUAUUCUCCUUGAAGCCAGGUCUGCUCCUAAGGCCAUAAUAAUGGAAAUAUAAAAGGUAAAAUGGAACAGUUACUAAUAGGGCAUUAUGUAAAAUUGUGGAUGUGUAACCGACGUGAUUCUGCAAUCUGCAUUUGGGGUAAAAAUUGGGAGUUCAAAACCCACUUCAAUCUAAUGUAUGAAAUAUGAUAUGUCAAGAGCUUUGUAGUGUUGUGAACAAUCAAUAAAAAAAAAAGCGUAAAAUGGAAGCGAAUAAGAACACUCAGACUCUUGCUUAAGGCCACUACCUAACACCUUAAGAUACUGUAACUUGCAGACUACUUCUUCAUUAUGUUAUCUCAUUAUGUCAGCUGAAUAUCAUGACCAUUUGAACCUUUGGGGCCCCAAUCUGUUAUAAAAAGCUAGUUCUAGGCCAUUCUCUACCAUGUCUAAUAAAGGAUUUCCUCUGGGA